UUCCAAGGCCCGCGCGCGUGCGCGGGAGAGACGGCUCCAGCGUGGAGGUUUCCGGUUCGAGGCGACUGAAGAUGUGACUGACGGGCCGGCGGCGGCCAGCGAACGAUGCUCGCCCUUCUGGGCGCGACUACCCUGGUGCUGGUCGCCAGGGCGCCGUGGGUGCUGCCCGCAGCCGCAGGUGUAGAAAAACUAAAAUCUCCUCAAAAUGUAGAGGUCUACAUCAUGGAUGACAACUUUAUCCUGAAGUGGAACAGGAGCAAUGAGUCUGUUGGGAAUGUGACUUUUUCAGCAGAAUAUCAAAUGCCUAAGAUGGAUAAUUGGAUAAAACUGCCUGGGUGUCAGUAUAUUACUAGUACCAAAUGCAACUUUUCUUCACUCAAGCCAAAUGUUUAUGAAAAAAUUAAAUUGCGUAUAAGAGCAGAAAAAGGAAAUGACACUUCUUCAUGGUAUGAGGUUGACUCAUUUGUACCAUUUCUAAAAGCUCAAGUUGGUCCUCCAGAAGUACAUUUAGAAGCUGAAGAUAAGGCAAUAAUAAUAAACAUCUCUCCUCCUGGAACAAAAAAUAGUAUCAUGUGGAAUCAGGAGGACUUUAAAUAUAGCUUGGUUAUCUGGAAAAACUCUUCAAGUAUAGAAGAAAGAGCUGAAACUGUUCAUGCUAGAGAUAAAAUUUAUAAACUCUCACCAGAGACUAUAUACUGUUUAAAAGUUAAAGCAGAACUAUAUUUGCAGAUGAAAGUUGGUGUCUAUAGUCCAGUGCAUUGUAUCAGUACCACAGUUGAAAAUAAACUGCUUCCACCAGAAAAUAUAGAAAUCAGUGCUAAAAAUCACAGCUAUGUUCUGAAAUGGGAUUAUGCAUAUUUAAAUGUGACAUUUCAAGUUCAGAGGCUCCAUGCCUAUUUAAAAAGGGAUUCUGAGAACUAUUCAGAUAAAUGGGAAUCAAUACCUAACUGUGAAGAUAUCAGAAUUACCCAGUGUGUUAUUCCUCAAAAAAAAUCCUCAAAAGAAAUUUACUUUCUCCGUGUACGGGCAUCUGAUGGAAAUAACACAUCUCUUUGGUCUGAAGAGAAAAAAUUUGAUACUGAACAACAAACUAUCAUGCUUCCUCCAGUCAUUAACAUAAAAUCCAGUAGCGAUUCAAUGCGUAUCUAUGUCAGUGACUCAGAAGAGUCUGAAAAAAGACCUGUGAGCCAGGAUUACCCACCAAUUUAUGAAAUUGUUUUUUGGAAAAACACUUCAAAUUCUGAGAGAAAAAUACUAGAGGAAAAUGCUGAUUUUACUGUUCCUAACUUACAACCGCUGACUGUAUAUUGUGUCAAAGCCAGAGCACAUCUUAUGAAUGGAAAGUGGAAUAAAAGCAGUGUUUUUAGUGAGAUUGUGUGUGAGAAAACAAAACCAGGACAUACUUCCAAAGUUAGGCUUAUAGCUGGAAUUUGCACUGCAUUAUUUGCUGUCCCAGUUGUCAUCUGUGCUGUGAAAGGCCUCUGGAGGUGCAUCAAUUACGUGUUCUUUCCAUCAGUUAAACUUUCCCAUGUGGCUGAGUAUUUCUCUGAACAAACAUUAAAGAAUCUUCUACUUUCAACUUCUGAGGAACAAACUGAAAGGUGUUUUAUAAUUGAAAAUGCAAACAUGAUUUCUGCGGUAGAAGAAACUAAUCAAAUUGAUGAAGAUAACAAAAAAUACAAUUCCCAAACUACUCAAGAUUCAGGAAACUAUUCUAAUGAAGAUGAAAAUAAUGGAAGUAAAACAAGUGAAGAACUUCUACAACAGGAAAUCAUAUGGCCAGAGAUUAACUCUGUGUACUGUUAGGUGGUUUUGUGGGAAUUACACUGGCAGCCUGAGCUCCCUGCUCCUCUCAGUGACUAUAAAGAGGAUCCUCGCUUGUUGGGGAAAGAAAACAUCUUCAGAUCAUAGGUCCUAAAAAUACAGGCAACACUUAACUAUUUAAAACUGAAAUUACAGGAGUUUGGAGAAAAGUUUUCUGUGUUCUUUUCUGUGUGUAAGAUCUUGACUUUUCUGUGUGUAAGAUCUCGAAAGACCCGGCGUGGGACAGUCUUCUAUGAGGAGUUAAAUCAAGAAGAUGGCCACCCGUGUUUCUAAUGAGAGCUUAAGUCCUGCUGUGCUAUGUGUUGUGGCUAAGGAGAGUAUGAGGGCACUUCAAAAAGUUCAUGGCAAGAUUCAUAUUAUCUCUUAAUUAUAUUUUUCCCUUGUAUUUGUGUUUCUGUCAGUUGAUGCUGUCAUGGGUGCUGCUGGUUACUACGUACGUCAUCUAUUCGUUCUCCAUUCCCAGUAUUAUAGUUCAUUAUUUUUCAGGAGAUAUUUUGAACAUUGGGUCUUUUAACACUGAGGUAGGCCCUUAGGAAAUUUAUUUAGAAAAAUCUGAAUUCCAUUAUCACUUGGUUUGCUGAAAAGUAGCUUAUCCUAGAAAAGAGCCACAGAUUCCAGAAAGAUGACUCUUAAAAAUGUUUGGGGAAGUUCUGUCCGUUUAUACCAAGAACAUUGGCUUCUGCAUCACAUUAUCUUUCCCUUACAUGGUUUAGGUUUAAAAUCAGGUGAUCUUUUACUACACAUUAAGACUUCCUGAUUUCAUAAUUUAUUAAAACAAUAGCUUCUCAUUAGAAUUGGCAGUCCCUGAAGUCAUAGAGAAGUGGGUAGUCACCUAAUUAGAGAAGUCAUUAUUACACUUUAAGAUCUGAGAGCAUUUACAGGUUAGUCACGGUGUAUGCAAGAAGUCUUGUGACCAGAAAAUGCCAAUGACAGAAGAGACAGAGAAGUAGAAUAAUUUAGCAGGUAAAGAAGUAGGUGAGAAAAUAAGAAUAGUAUAUGUAAUCAACUUUUAAUUAUUAACUCUCUACAUUUGUUUGUUUUUAUGGCUCAUCUGUAUCUCUUUUAAUACCAGGCCAGCUGCUCUACACUGUCUGCCAGUGUUCAGGCACCCCUUCUGCUCAGCCUGCACGUACUCAAGAAAAUGCAAAUUAUUUAAUAUCAGGGUGAGAGAAAAAAAUGUAACUAGGAAGAAAAACCUAAUUUUAAAAAUUACAUAAUGCUUUCCAAAGGCACCUGUAGCCUAUUUUUAGAUUACUUGAUAUUUGGGAUUAUCCGUGAAUAUCCUUUGAAGGCAGGAAGUCUAGGAAUUUGGGUGGCCCCUAGGGCAGAAUUCUCACUCCAUUUGUUGCAGCAGGGACCUGCAAAAGAGAAAGUUACAGAGGGCAGCAUGCUGGGGAGUGUGUGUCACUAAGGCCAGUCUUACUUUUGUAGUUUCCUCUGCUGAGGUAACAGCAUCGUCCUGGUAGAAGAAAAGGUUGAAAGCAGCUACACUGGGGAGGGCUGUGACAAUCAGCACACCCUGGGCACAUACACAAGUCUGCAGACCACACCAUAUGGGUUCCUGGCCCUGCCGCUCCAGCUUCCUGAGCCAUUCUAGCAGAGUGUGACAGGCCAUAGAGAAGGCCCAGGAAUCUCCUCCAAGACAGCUCUGCUGGAGAAUCCCUACGGUGACCCGAACACAUCUUUUCAUCUUUCUGACCAGAGGCAAUUGGUUUAAAGCACGUCUUCUGGGUUGGCCUCAUGUUUGUAAAGGCCCUGUCACUUUGGAAGUUUGCUUCUUUAAGGAGACUGGGAGCAUGUCAUGACACCCUGCCACCAUUGCCUUUCAGAAUGUGCCAGUUCAAUGAUCCUGUCCAGCACUUCUGGCCCUGCGUUAACCACAGGGAAAAGGAUGCCUCAGACUGGAUAGCCUGAAAAGAAACAACAGCUUUGCAGGAUGUGGAGAAGAGAAAACUCAGACAUUAGCAUUAAAAGGCACCAGUGAGAUAAUUAGGUCCCUAAGAUGUAGGAACACACAUCUUCAAGUUAUGAGACUAUCUGGUUUUCAGUGAACAAGCACCUGAGCCAGCAGCAGCAGCAAAAAAAAAUUUUUUUUGCUUUGUCUUCUAGAAAUAGUUCUAUUUCAUCCUUCAUUAUACUGCUUAAUCAGGAUGUGCUUAGUUGUAAGGCAGUGAGUAUUUGUUCUGAACAAUAACAUUCUUAGAAAUGCCAUGCACUGGGAACACCAAUAAAUUGCCUCAGAAUUAUAAUAUUCAUAGUUCUUUGUCUGGAUAUAAUCUAAGAAUUGUAUCUUUUCCCCAAAAGAGGCUAUGAUGUUUAAAGCAGCCUCAAAUUGCUCUUAAGGCAUUCAGGGGUGUACAGAAGCUCCCCCCACCCCCUACAUGACUCAAACCACCUGACAUGUUAUACAUUUGUUCUGUUUGGUGUCUGUCUGCCCCCACCAGAACAGAAGCUGGAUAAGUGAGGACUUUAUUUUACUCAUUACUGUAUCCCCAGCACCUAUAACAUUGCAGCGCCUUGCACACAGACAAUACUCAGAAAGUAAUUACAGAAUGAAUGAAAUCUAAAAUUGAACAAGCUGGGUGUUCUUGACUGUAUUAUUGGGUUUUGGAAGGACGUAAGCACGUUUUCAGUGUUUCUAUGCAAUAAACUUGUAUCUUUUAUUUGUAUUUUUGUCUUAAACCCUGAUGUUGUACACAAUCUUUUAUAAUAAACAC